GACGCCGACUGAGGGAAGCUCUUUCACCGAGGCGUUUUUGCCGGUGUUUGUUGGGUGCUGUAACAUCUCAUGUCUCCCACUGUCCUUUAACCAAAAAUGUAUUACAAAUUCAGCGGCUUUACUCAGAGACUAACGGGGUCUAGUCCUACCACCGCAUACAGUCCCCAGGGUCUGAGACCUGGUGUUCCCUCCGAAGCCCCAACCAUGGUGUUUGCUUCUCCCACUAAGCUUGUGUCAGAGGCAGGAGCCACGGUGGAGUACCUCGGAGGAAACAAGGUGCCAGACUUCCAGAGACUCUUCCAGACUUCUGAUGGGAUCCCUGUUCAUUUGAAACGUGGGAUUCCUGAUAGGCUCCUGUACCGCACCACCAUGGCCCUCACUGUAGGGGGCGCUCUGUACUGUCUCAUGGCCCUCUACAUCGCUGCCCAACCCAGCAACAAGUAACCAUUCCCAGCCUUGAACCAGGCCGGCCAAGGCUGUCACCUCUUCCUCCCCCGCCUUCUCUGUGUGGCAGCCGCCAUCACUCCGUCAAACCCUCCCACUCAGUCACACUAUCGGAUAGCCAAGUACAAUGAUAACAAAUUUCAUUUACAGCUCCAAUCCAUACCUGUAAAUUAGUUUUAUUUGUAAAAUAUAUAUUUAUAUGUGUGCCAAUAAAUGUGAACC